AUGACCUUGUCGUGCUUGCUCACGGUUUCCGCUACAUACUACGAGGCUCUCGAUGCGCGGGACAAGUACAUCAUCAUGAGCGUCCAAAACUACGAAGGCAAGGUGCACCGCUACGUCGGCUACCCGGUGGUGGACGCUCUCCAGAUGAUGGGCCGCGCACAUUGCCCGCGCGAGGAUGACCGGAGCCGCUGCGUGUUGAUGAUACAGCAGACGCGGACGGAGUUCUACAAGGAGUUUGAGGCGACUUACGGUGGCGGUGGGCGCAGCAGCAUCACGACAUUCACAAAGGUCCAGACGCAGGUGCCCCAGGUGCUCUAUAUGUUAGACGAGGCCGUGUUCAUCGGCGUGCCGACGGUUUCAGACGAGGCGAUCUGCGCGAAGCUCGCGCUGUUGAGGUUAUGA